CCCCGAGUCCACACGGGGAGGGCGGAGAAGAUUGUGGUAGUGACGUCAGUGCGGCAGCAUCAGCAUCACUAAAAACCUCGCCAAAAACAUCACUACACAUCGACCAGUGCCGCACGUCGGGCCAACAAGCGAGCAACCAACCAACGGCCGCCGCACCAGCCCGCCACGUCUCUUUGGGGCCGCUUGCGUGCGUCUCCUCUACGGCUACAUGAGGAGCUAAAGGCGCCCGAACAAGCGCGGGCAGACUCUUGUUUUUUUUGUUUGUUUGUUUUUGUUUGGCUGGGGGGUGGACUUGUCCACAAAACAACGGAGCCAUGGACGAUGUUAAAAAGCAAAGUGCCCUUCUUCACGUCGCCUUUCUAUUGAUCUGCAGCCACUGCCACGCUUUUCUGGAUGGUUUUCUCGAGGACAACCCGUCAGAUCAGCUUCUCUCUCAUCACUUCGACUCACAAGAAGACAGUCAAUUUUUCUCCUGUGAUUUCGAGUCACCCUGUAUCUGGACUUUAUCAAAUCACAGUCAGCAAAGUGACUGGUCGGCGGUGUCUGCACGGCAAACCGAGCGAGCAGGUUGGAUGCCGGAGGCGGACUACUCAGAGGGGAGCUCUAAUGGUCACUUCCUUCUCCUAAGCCCCUCCCCUGGUGCGGAGGCUUCUAAGAGAUGCGAGUACCAUUUAACCAGCCCGAUCAUGCCGAAAAGUGCGCACCAAUGUGUUUUGCAUCUGUCCCUCUAUGAGACAUCGCCAUCGCAAGGAAACCUCACAGUCCUGAUCAAGCCACUUUACUCCAGUUCAUUCACGAACAUCGUCGUGUUCAAGCCUGAGAGAAGAGAGGACCCCAGGACGGAGUGGGAAGCUGUAGAGACCCGAAUAGGCCCAGUGGAUGAGCCCUUUCAGGUGACUUUGAGCUACACUGGAUGUUUGCAGAGUGGAUCCACUGUGGCGCUCGACUCACUGCACUUCGUAGACUGUCAGUCAGAUGAAGACAAUGAGGUCAUCCCACCGGAUGUGGACUGUGGCGAUAAUUUCUACUGUGAACACUCUGAGUAUUGCAUCGAGCGAAAUCAUGUGUGCGAUUUCCACACGGACUGCCCUUUAGGAGAGGACGAGGGCUUCAUCUGCGGUUCACUGCCAUUUGGCACACACUGCUCAUUUGAGCAGGACGCUUGCGGUUGGUCCGUGUCCAAGCAGCAAUCGGCUUGGAGGAGGGUGGCCGGUGAGGAGCUGCUGCAGAGAGAAGACAUGCACAGCCUCACCCUGAGAAGUACGCCCGGACACUUUUUGUUUCUGGAGAUCAGAGAGACGCAUACGCUGCAGAAGGCAUCUGUCAAGAGUCCCUUUUUCCCUCCUCUUGUCGCCAAUACAACUUGCCAGAUGCGUUUUUCUUUUUAUCUCUUUGGCUCCUUCAAUGGCUCCUUGGCGGUGGCUAUAGAGGAGAAUGGGACGUCCACUGCAUCGCUGAUCUGGGAGGGACGUGGUCAGUGGAAGGAUGACUGGGAGGAUGUCGUCCUGCAACUGACAGACCUUCAUCAUGGGUUCCGUGUUAUGGUGACAGCUGUUUGGUUCCAAGGCUCCCGUGCUGAUGUCGCCUUGGAUGACAUUGCUCUCGGGGCAACCUGCUUUGACACAGAUCUCAACUCUAUCCAGCCGAUGGCCGACCUGAGGGAUUUCUUUAGUCCCGUUGCAGAGCCUUCAUUUUCAGAAGUGUCUCUGAGGACGUGGUUUUUUAACUCGUGCGGUGCCAGCGGUCCAUACGGGCCGACCCAGGCCCAGUGUGACAGCACCUACAGGAACAAAAAUGUCAACGUGACCGUGGGGAAGGAAGGCGCCUUAAAAGGAGUGCAAAUGUGGAGGGUCCCUGCCACCAACAGAUACCUGAUCUCGGCUUACGGCGCCGCGGGAGGGAAUGGAGCCAAAAACCACAACCAGCGCAACCAUGGGAUCUUCAUAUCGGCUGUGUUCCCUCUUGAGAAAGGGGAGUUACUUUACAUCUUAGUGGGCCAUCAGGGAGAGGAUGCGUGCCCGGGGAGAAAUGCCCAAACCCAGAAGAUCUGCUUAGGGGAGUCAUCUGUGAUUGACAACAGGGGGGAGGCUAGCACAGAGUGGUCUGGAGGAGGAGGCGGAGGAGGGGGAGCUACCUACAUCUUUAAGAUGGAGGGAGAUGAGAUGGUUCCUCUGCUGAUUGCGGCCGGCGCAGGAGGGAAUGCCUACAUGGAAGACCCGGAGUCCAGUCUGGAUCAGAAACCACUGGAGCAGUUUGAGAACAACACCACAACGCCCAGCACCAAUGGCCAAAGUGGUGCUGCAGGUGGUGGUGGAGGCUGGAAGGACUCCCCUACCGCUCACCUCGUGGCCGGCAGGUCGCUCUCAGAGGGUGCUGGCGGGGGUGCAGCGUGCCUUUUGUCCCAGUCCAAACUGGGUUGGUCCACCUACGGGGGAUUCGGAGGGGGAGGUGGCGCCUGCACGGCCGGAGGAGGGGGAGGUGGCUACAGAGGCGGCGAUGCUGCUCUGACGGAUGACAUCAAAGCAGAUGGACGUGAUGGGAUCUCCUUCAUUAAUCCAAUUGGGGAGAUUUACCUGCAGCCUCUAGCAGCCAUGGAGAGUCACGGCGAGUGUGAAAUCAAAGUGCAACUGAACUGCAGCCACUGUCAGUCUCAGAGCUGCAAGCGGGAUAAAGACACACACCUCCUCCUCUGCCUGUGCCACGGCGAUGAGAUUUUGGCCAGCGAUAAUGUCACCUGCGUUGAUACAGCAGCUCCUCCAGUCUCGCCUCCUCCGGGCCAGAUGUCGGCCGCACUGAUCCUGGCUGUGGUCACCUCCACCGUUGUCAGCGGCGUGGCGUUGAUCUGCCUCGGCGUCAUCCUCAUGUGGCAUCGCUGGAAAAAUGAUCUGCAAGCAAUGAGGGGCCACCUGCAGAGCCCCGAGUACAAAUUGAGUAAGAUCCGCACCUCCACCAUCAUGACGGACUACAACCCCAACUACUGCUUCGCCGGGAAGGCCUCGGCGCUCAGUGAGCUGAAGGAAGUACCGCGCAAAAACAUCACACUGCUCAGAGCUCUUGGCCACGGCGCCUUCGGUGAGGUGUAUGAGGGUCAGGUCCUCGGAAUGAAUGCAGAUAAUGGCCCCAUGCAGGUGGCCAUAAAGACUCUUCCAGAAAUCUGCUCAGAACAGGAUGAAAUGGAUUUCCUUAUGGAGGCACUGAUUAUGAGCAAGUUCAACCACAAGAAUAUUGUACACUGCAUUGGUGUCAGUCUCAACAUCUUGCCACGUUUCAUUCUGCUGGAACUCAUGACCGGAGGAGACAUGAAGAGCUUCCUGAGGCAGAACAGGCCUCAACGCGGCCAAGCUCCUUCUCUCAGCAUGCACGAGCUGCUGCAGAUGGCCAGGGACAUUGCAUGCGGUUGCCGCUACUUGGAAGAGAAUCACUUCAUACACAGAGAUAUUGCAGCUAGAAAUUGCCUUCUUACGUGCCCUGGACCGGAAAGGGUGGCCAAGAUUGGAGACUUUGGCAUGGCCAGGGACAUUUACAGAGCCAGCUACUACAGGAAAGGUGGUCGUGCCAUGCUCCCAGUCAAGUGGAUGCCCCCUGAGGCUUUCAUGGAGGGAAUCUUCACCUGCAAGACUGACACAUGGUCGUUUGGAGUACUGCUGUGGGAGAUUCUCUCGCUAGGCUACAUGCCAUACCCAUGUAAAACAAACCAGGAGGUGCUGGAAUUUGUUACCAGUGGAGGUCGGAUGGACCCCCCAGAGGGUUGCCCGGGCCCUGUUUAUCGGAUCAUGACCCAGUGCUGGCAGCAUUGUCCUGAACAUCGGCCCAACUUCUCCACUAUUCUUGAGAGAAUCAACUACUGCACUCAGGAUCCGGAGGUGAUCAACACACCUCUGCCAGUGGAAUAUCGGCCCACCACCGAUGACGAUAGCGCCGCAGUGAUCCAUCCCUCUGACUCCACGCCUACCAACUUCGCUCCUCUCCUCUCCUUGGCCUCCUCCUCCUCCUUGAGCCUGGCGCCCUCGCCUCUGUUCCCUCAGCCCGCCAAACCUCGCUUUCUACAGAACGAGACGAUGCCAUGCCGCGAGGUGCUCCCGGAUCCCUCCUGGGCUGAGGCGGCCCCGGCGGCCAAUGCGUGCAAGGGUGGCCUUGUGCUGCAGCCCGAGCCUCCCUUGCGCCAACCUUGCUCCACAAACAAGUCUCGUUCGGGGAGCCAACGGCUGAAAAACAAAACCAAGAAUUUGUGGAACCCAACGUAUGGCUCUUGGGUCUUGGAAAGCUUAAAGGGCAAUAAGACCUUGGCUCACGCUCAGUCUGUGCCCAUCUCAAGUCCUCCUUCCUGCAACGCAGCCGCUCAGUCCUCCUCAGAGUUCAACCGAGCAGGCUACUCCAAUUGCUCCCACAUCAAACCUGCCGCUCUCUGUAUUUCUGCGUCCCCUUCUUGCCAGCCUCAAACCGUGCUUAGCGUGCCCCACAAUAAGAGCCAGAGCAGCGGCGCCCCCUCUAAGGGGGGCAUUGACCUAGCCAAGCUGCAGAGUUUCCCCUGCGGAAACGUCAAUUACGCCUACGACGAGCACAGCUAUGAAGCAGAGAGUCUGCCCUUGGUGGUCCAGACCAAAGCUCCAGAAGCUCUCAAAAACACCAACUCUGCCCCCAGCAUGUCCUCUGGGCUGGGCAUGGGGCUGACUCUGGGCCUCUACACGUCCUCCUCCUCAUCCACUUCCUCUUUCUUCAUGCCCAAGCUGCUGCUCAAGCGCCACGCCAGCUACGGGCACGAGGACGUAAAGAGACAAACCAAGGCUGAGAAGCCCUCACGAGACCGAGACUCCGGCUUUUCUCUGUCUGAGGAUCUGAGUGUCACACCAAUCUGAAAGUCAACAUAACAGGUUUUCUUUAAAAACAAAAUGAUAACUCAUUACAAACUCCUUACUCCUUUUUGUUUUUAAUAAUGUGAAAAUGUAUAUGCUGUCUACAGUGAACCAACACUUACUAUAUUUGCCUGUUCGUAGAUUUUUCUUGAAGCGAGGGCCUAUCCUACGUUAUUUGCUCUAAAUAAUUCAGACUGAUUCAAGAAAACUCACAUUUUUUGUUUACUGUUUUUGCUUUGAUCUAAGUUAGGGGUCAACAACCUUUUUCUCUAUCAGCGGCCAUUUCAAUUCUCAGAUGUCAGUCUUAAAGGGUCACACUAAAUUGAAGACAAAAUGCAUCCAUGACAAGUACGCUAGUGGUUAACUCAUCUGCCUCACAGUUCUGAGGUGUAUCCAUGAACAGUACAAGUGGAAUACAAAAUGGAUGAAUGGGUGCAUUGUGCAGUUCAUAUAAAAACUUGUGAGGCUAAGCUGUGUCAGAUCAUUUUUCCUGACCCUAUAUGAAAUAUUUAGUAGCACAUAGGAGACACUUAAACAGCUUCUUCCCUCUAGCCAUUAACUCCUUAAACAGUCACUGACAUAGUCACUCUUCUUGCACCACAAAAUGGUACUACAAAACUACUGGUUACUCUAAAAUGGUUCAAUGAUUUUGUUGUUUACGAUGAUACUAGUGCAGCGUGUUAUACCGGAGACAAAUUCCUUGUGUGUUCUACAUACUUGGCCAAUAAAGAUGAUUCUGAUUCUGAUUAAGGGGUAGGUUCAGCAUCUGGUAGAUUUUUUUUCUGAAACGUAACUAGAAAUUACAACCUAUGAACCUAUGGCAAAAUCCGUACUGCACAACCUUUUUAUAAAUUAGACUUAACAACAAUAACAAAAAAUGAGCUCAAAGACCUGAUGUGCUAAAAACAAACAUAAACACAUUUUAAAAUCAGAGUCAAAAAUACAUUUAGAGAUGCAUUAAGCCAUUUAUGAUUGACUUUCUACAUCCACUGUGCCAGCCAGGUAGUAAAUGAUGAGCUCAUGUAAUGGUUCUGAUGAUUACAAUGCUGGAAGGAGACUCAUCUGCAUUGGGAUUCAGAGAGCAGGAGUCUUUCAUUUCUUCCUUUCCAUUUUUUUUUUUAAACCUGUCCUGUUCGGCUGCUUGGUUACGCAGUGCGGUGGAUAUGUACGCCUUUUUGAUAUCUGAACAGUUUUACUGAGCAACUGGGGACUUUGAUAUCCAAGUACUCCCCCUGUUGUUUGGAGCUAGAUGGAUGUUUACUGGACAUUCAUUUGAAUGUUUGAAAGGGGUCAGACGUAGAGAAAAGAGAACAGAGCAAAAGCAACAUAGGACAAUAUCAGUACAUGACAACAGGCUUAUUGUGUUUAUUCUGGUCACAUUGUCUCCAAAAUGUUGAAAUAUUUUCAACUUUUUUUAAUUUGAUUUAAUUUUUGUCUCCGGGAAGCUUUGGCACUUACAAUUGUGGCCAGCGGUUUGGAUGUUGGAGUGUCCAAUAUAUGAACCUCAGAGCAUUUUGCUUUGUCGGAAUUUUGAAUCAACAAAAACAAAAAACAAAAAUCGGGUUUCACAGAAGAGUUUUUGGGACUUGUUCUGAAGGAAUAAUGUGAAAAAUACCCGACUUUAUAAUUUCUGCAAUAACAUGUAUUUUUCUAUACAGAGAUGGUUUUGAAAGAAGAAAGCGUGUCUCAUUUUUGGCAAUGUUGUCCAGGUGACGACUUCAUGA